AUGAAAGAUUAUUCAAAGUCACUCGAUUACUUUCAAAAAUGCCUCACAAUACAUCAAAAUACAUUACCAGAAAGACAUCCCAAUCAAGCUAUCACAUACAGUAAUAUUGGUGAUGCUCAUCGUUUAAUGGGUGAUUAUGAGAAGGCAAUUUCAUUUCAUCGAAAAGCAUUAAAUAUUCAAGAAAAUGUUCAAUGUAAUCCUCUCGAAUGUGCAACGACAUAUAUAAAUUUAGGUGAAACAUAUCGUCAAAUGAAAGAUUAUACAACGGCAUUGACAUAUUAUCAAAAAGGAUUAGAAAUACGUGAAAAUAAACUACCAAAAAAUCAUCCUGAUUUAGCUGUAGUAUAUCACAAUUUGGCAAAAUUAUAUUUAUCUACUCAACAAUAUAAUAUGGCAAUGAAAAAUGUUCAACAAGCCGUAGAAAUUGCUCAAGAAAAAUUAUCUUCAAAUCAUCCUCAUAUUUUGGAAUAUAAAGAAACAUUUGAAAAAAUUCGAAAUAAAAUGUAA